UAUGUACACAUACGCACACACACGCACACACACGCACACACACGCAUACACGCGCGCGCACGCGUACGCGUACGUCUACAUUGAGAAGCUUGUAGAAAUUAAAUGAUAUUGUACGUAAUAAGAUUAGAAUAUUGUGCUUAAUAGAAAUCUAAUUUCCAUAGAGAAACUAAAAUGGGUGUACCUACGGCUAAGAAUCCUGAAGCUAUGGAUGUUGAAAUAAUCUUUGAGGGUCAAAAUGGUGAUGGAGAUGUUUGUGACAAAAAAGAUGCUGAUCUUCAAACAAUAUAUGAUAUACGCGAGCAUGCUCGUCAAAUAGAAAAAGCUGUACAAAGCAAAGAACCACGUUUUAUUUUAAGAGCUCUGCGUACACUGCCUAAUACACGUCGCAGAUUAAACUCGAACGUCUUACGUGGAGUAAUUCUAAGCUUUUAUCCUAAACCGUGUGCCGAACGUGAUGCAUUAUUGUCAUGGUUAGAAGACUCUGCUGAGUUUGAAGAAACGCAGAAACUUCGCAUCUCUACCGUAACUCCGCUACCUGAAAUUGAUACUUACAUUCAUUUACUAGUUCUUGUACGUUUAAUCGAUGCUGGAAAACAUGAAGAAUCUGUUCAAUGCUCUGAGGCAUUGUUGCAAAAAAUUAUUGCUCAAAACAGACGUACAAUCGAUCUGAUCGCUGCCAAAUGUUAUUUCUAUUAUUCAAGGGCAUAUGAACUAAUUGGCAGACUGGAUAAAAUUCGCGGAAUAUUGCACUUGAGAUUGAGAACAGCAACGCUUAGAAAUGACUUUGAGGGACAGGCUGUAUUAAUUAAUUGUUUAUUACGAAACUAUUUACAUUAUAAUUUGUACGAUCAGGCAGAUAAACUUGUAUUGAAAUCAACUUUCCCAGAAUCUGCCAGCAAUAACGAAUGGGCUAGAUUUUUAUAUUAUUUGGGGCGCAUCAAAGCUGCUAGAUUAGAGUAUUCUGCUGCACAUAAGUAUUUAGUACAGGCUCUUAGAAAGGCUCCGCAAAGUACUGCAGUAGGUUUCCGUCAAACAGUACAAAAACUGGCUGUAACUGUGGAACUUUUACUUGGAGAUAUUCCAGAACGUCAAACUUUUAGACAAGCUGCUAUGCGUCGUGCAUUAGCUCCAUAUUUCCAAUUGACUCAGGCUGUGCGUUUAGGGAAUCUUCAACGUUUUGGGGAAGUUUUAGAAAACUUUGGCCCACAAUUUAGAGCCGAUCAUACAUUUACUUUAAUCCUGAGAUUGAGGCACAAUGUUAUUAAAACUGCAAUUAGGUCAAUUGGACUGUCCUAUUCCAGAAUUUCUCCCACAGAUAUUGCAAAGAAGCUUGGUUUGGAUUCUAGUGUUGACGCUGAAUUUAUUGUUGCUAAAGCUAUUAGAGAUGGUGUAAUCGAAGCUACCUUAGAACCGGAAAAUGGAUACAUGCGUAGCAAAGAAACUACAGAUAUUUAUUGUACUAAAGAACCAUUACUCGCGUUUCAUCAAAGAAUUACUUUCUGUUUAGACUUACACAAUCAAAGUGUUAAGGCUAUGAGGUAUCCUCCAAAAUCCUAUGGUAAAGAUCUUGAAUCGGCUGAAGAACGUAGAGAAAGAGAACAACAAGAUUUAGAGCUUGCUAAGGAAAUGGCAGAAGAGGAUGAUGACGGAUUUCCUUAGAUUGUUUAUUUUUUCGAUACAUUUAAUUAAUAAAAUGAUCCAAUAAAAUCAUGAAAAAUG